CAUGGUGACGAAUUGUACUCCCAAGUACAUUGUAGUCCUCAAAUCGUGCAAACAAAUUCAGGAGUUGCUGUUUGAUUUCUUUAACGCAUUCAGCAUGACGGCUAAAUGCACGUGGUUUCUGUAAGUUACAUGUAUGUAACUUUCCAUUGUAGGGUACAUGCGAUGAGGAAACAGAUCGUGACGACCACCAUCUGUCCUGUUGAGGUAUAACAGUACUAACCAGUGGCUGCCAACAGACCAACUACUGUACCUAUACCUAGAAAUGGAAAUCACAAUGAAUGAAAACGAGUUAGAAUUUACAAAUAAAGAAAACCAAUCGUUUGAGAUGGGAAGCGAACAAACUUGGCUUGAAUCAGAGGGUGCCGAAUGUACAAUGAGGUUGUCAGAUAGAUCCCACCAAAGGACUAUAGAAAAACAAUUGCGUCCUUUGUCACGUCCACGAGCUACCUCUUGUGAUCAUUUGAGUAGAAAUGAAGCAAGGGCUGGUCUAAUAAGGAAGGGGUUUACCAGUUUGCAGAGUGAUCUACACGCUGCUUCUUCGAAUGGAAAUGCUACCGUAUUUAGCAGCAGUACCACCAGACCCCAAGCCGAAAAUAUCACAAACAAUAUAUGUGAACAUUCUGUCGAUAUCCCAUGCGAAAAUUUCACUGAAAUGUCGGAAGACUGCUCCGCGGAACAGACGCCAACCUCAGGGUCCAACAUAGAAUCAGGUUAUAACACAGACCGAGACUACACUCUACAAGAACUGCCAGGUCAACAGAUCACGAUGUCAGACUCAACCUUACAAAUAUUGAUGGCCAAUUGGUUUCGUCAUCACAAUACCGAGGUACAUUCAAAUAACAUCGACAACUUUCUGAAGAAGCAGAGAAAGAGACAACGGAUCAUGAUAAGUCUUAUUUCCAUAUUGUGCCUCGUUCUGAUUCUUAUCAGCGUCAUUUCCGCUGUUAGUAUUCCAUCGUACUCACGGACAAAAACUCAUCGUCCUGUCGGAAACGCGACUCGAGGAAAAUAUCUCAGCGAUGUGAACCCCAUCUAUUUAUUUGAUUCAUCUGACUCUAAGGGAGGGGACCUGGAAGAGAGUGAUUAUGACAAUGACGAUUCUGUAUAUAGUGGAUUCCGUGAUAAAUAUAAUGAAUUCAUAAGGAAUAGAACACUUAUCGGAUCAGUGUAAACGGUUUCGUGAAGAAUCGGGUAUUUCCGUGAUGAAAAAGGAAUUCAUGAAAAUCGAACACCCUCGAAUACCUCCACAUAAUAAGACUUUUUCACAUCGUUGCUUCAAGAUGUAUUUUCUUAUAUUAUUUCUUAGAGAUUUACUUCAACAAUUAGUGGUGAAUAUCAAUGGUACAGUUUUCGAUACCUUGGUAAAUAUCAACACACUCUUGACACUCGUUUUUGUCAGUAUUUAGAAUAUCUUUUACAUGAAUAAAUUCCCUGAACUUUA